CUGUGUAUGUACAAGCAAUAUAAUGAAGCUAGAAGCCAUGCGGUCAAAAUCGCGAGUGUUUUCAUGACGUCCAAACUCCGUGAAAGUUUGUUUACUAGUUUUUAAAGGACGAAAACACUGCUCGUUUCGCUUUCAAAAGCGCGCCUGUGAUUGGCUGUCGGCACUUGUCAAUCACGUACGUGGGCGGUGUCAGGUGACAUAUAGUGAGUUCCAGUAAGCGCACUUCAGAGUUUUGCUACACAGACAUUCAACAAGCGACAGCAACAAGACUAUCACAUAAUACUGGACUGGACUGGAUUACAAAACUUUAUAACAACACCAAUCUGAUGCCGUUCUAGCCACGUUGUGACUUUUCAGUCGUUUCCAAUGUAACCAAGUCAGUUUAAAGUAACUGCAUUUUCUUUCUGUUUGUUCUUUCGCGUUUCACGUCAUAUUUUCUUUUGACUGUCAUAUGUGACAUUUUAAGACACAAACAGUAUUGCUGGUACCAUGGCUGACGCAGCCCAAAACCAGAUGGUCGAGAUCGACCCGGACUUCGAGCCGCUCUCCAGACCCCGCUCCUGUACUUGGCCGCUGCCGCGUCCGGAGUUCCCCAACCCCGCCGCCGCCGACUCCAACACAUCGUCCCCGGCUCCGUCCGUCAAGCAGGAGCCCUCCAGCAACACGGACUUUAUCAACAACCUCAGUUUGCUGGAAGAGAAUGAGGACUACCCAGAUCAGAAGCCGCUCGUGCUGUGCGGCGAUUUCCAAUGCCAGGAGAACUGCAUCCACCAGCAGCAAAUCCCGAGCCGCCAGCAACAGGUGCCUGUGCUCUCCUCUCCGGUGGCCGCCGCCGCUGCAGCCGCGGCAGCCGCUCAGCGCAAGAGCAGCUCGUCCAGACGCAACGCCUGGGGAAAUAUGUCAUACGCGGACCUGAUUACCAAAGCCAUCGAGAGCUCCCCCGAAAAACGGCUCACCUUGUCUCAGGUCUACGACUGGAUGGUGAAAAACGUCCCUUAUUUUAAGGACAAGGGGGAUAGUAACAGCUCCGCUGGUUGGAAGAACUCAAUCAGACACAACCUGUCCCUACAUAGCAGGUUUAUCCGAGUGCAGAAUGAGGGGACAGGUAAGAGCUCUUGGUGGAUGCUCAACCCUGAAGGCGGCAAAAGUGGCAAGUCACCUCGACGCCGGGCUGCCUCCAUGGACAACAACAGCAAGUUUGCCAAGAGCAGAGGACGAGCAGCAAAAAAAAAGCUGGCUCUUCAGGGUGGUCCCGAGGGGGUCGCAGAUAGCCCAGGCUCUCAGUAUGGCAAGUGGCCAGGCAGUCCGAACUCCCACAGCAAUGAUGACUUUGACGCCUGGACGGCUUUCCGUCCCCGCACCAGCUCCAAUGCCAGCACACUGAGCGGCCGUCUCUCGCCCUUUAUUGAUGACGAACUUGGCGACUCUGAUGUCCACAUGGUCUACCCAGGCCCUGGGUCAGGUGCCAAAAUGACCUCCACUCUCCCCAGCUUGUCUGAAAUGGCUGGUUCUCUGGGUCACAGUGGCUCUGAGAAUGUGAUGGAGAACCUUCUGGAUAACCUCAACUUGCUCUCACCUAAGAACCAAUCGGUGGGGUCCACAGGAGGGCCUGGGUCAGGAUCCAGCCAGUCCUCACCCUCUUCACUCAUGCAGGCCAGCCCUGGUUACUCCCCCUACAGUUCCCAAGGUCUGGCUGCGGUCAACCAGCAGACCCAACAAGACUAUCGUAAGUGUCUUUACGGCCAGGGAGGAAUGGGCAGCAUGUCCCCAAUGCCGAUGCAGCCUCUGCCAGAAAGCAAGCCCAGUUUUGUUUCUGGCCCAGGAACUAUGGGCCAGUUUAACUGCACAGCAGGCCUGCUGAAGGAGCUUCUUACAUCUGAUGGAGAGCCUGGAGAGCUCAUGCCCUCAGUGGACACCGUCGUCUCCCAGUCAGCUGGAGGCAGUGGGUGUAUGUUGCCGCCCUACAAUAGUGGGCGGAAUGAACUUAUGGGAGGUGGAGCAUCCCACAGCCAUGCCCUCUCUCAUCCACACAAUAUGCAUGGACAAGCCACAUCUUUGGCAUUGAAUGGGCGAUCGUUGCACCCUCUGACCGGGAUUGGUCACAGCAGUGCUGGUGGGCGUUUGGGAAGCGUCAAGUCAGCCAUGCAGAUGCAGUAUGGAGGCUCCAGUCAUCUUGGAGGUGGGCUUCCUCCUUACUGCAUUGUCAACAGCAACGGAUAUGGGCGCAGCCCAGGGAUGAUGCCCCACCCGCAACAGCAACACCUGGAGAAGCUGCCCAGUGAUCUGGACGGGAUGCCUGUGGAGCGAUUUGAAUGCGAUGUUGAGUCCAUCUUGCAUGAUACGCUCAUGGACGGAGAAUCGCUGGACUUCAACUUUGACCCCAUGGCCACCCAACAGGGGUUCCCACCUCACAGUGUAAAGACCACCACCCACAGCUGGGUGUCUGGGUAAAAAAAAACUCAACUGGGAAACAGCAGCACAGAGCGGCUGUCCACACACAUCCAAACCCUUCGUCAGGGAACGUAGCCCCCAUUAUUCUUUCGCUUUCUUCAGCAGAGGCGGCUGAGAUACGACCUCACACUGCCAAGCACACUGGCUCAGUACAGAGCUAAAUUGCAAGGAUAUUUUCCUCAGACAUUGGGACUCACGUUCAAACUAAGUGCCAAACCAGGUGCCUGUGCUCCAUAGCCAAAUUGACAAGCUUUAUUAUGCUGCCUUCUUCUUGCUGUAGAGAAUUAGUCGUCAAAUCAGGGCAACGAAAACCUGAGGCCCUUACAUCUGCUGCAACACAAACUUACCAAUGUUCACACCAAUUUUCAGUAAUGAUUUUACAGUCGCAUUUCCAUUAAGGGUAAACUGUGAUAAGGUAUAACCAUCAAAUCCAACACCAGGCAGCACACCUCAAGUUUAUUCGAUACACCUCAGAAAAGUGACUCCCAAGGUAAUAGCUCAUUCAUUAUUGUGUUGUCAGUUCAAAACCCUACUGCAAUUUUUGCUGAGAGUAACACAUUCAUGCUGUGCUUCAUGGAGACUCCAUGAUUGGCCUUAUUGGGAAGAAGAACUGGAACAGCGGUAGGCAGGAAUGACUGUAAAUAGAUUUAUUUAGAAAUAGCCCUGCACAAACAUGACCUUGGAAAUGUUAGGGAAAAUUGUUGCAGACUAGUUGAACUGCGUAACAUACAGCACAUCAUUACACUUUCAUUUCUGUCUUGUAACACUUUUCAUUCUGUCUCAGAAUUUGACGUAGGCAAGAUGUACUACAUUUCUAAACAGUGUGUUACUAUUAACUGGUGUACAGAGAGUUUACACAAUGAUAUCAACAAUCAGGGCAACAGAUUUAAUGUUGUUUUGUAAAUCUGAGAGAAACUGGACUUGACAUUUUACAUUUUGGCAGGCUUACAUGGAAUAGUGUUUCUCAUCUGAAUUAUAUGCAUCUUUCCACAUUUCUUGUAAAUACAUGAAAUAUAUUUCAAAAACAUAUAAAGUAAAAAUAUAAGAAGGUUAUUA